AUGGCAUCCAGGGGAGUUCUGAUCGCUAUUGACCGGGGUGGCACAUUCACAGACGCCUGGGCCCAAUUACCUGGCCGUAAAGAACAUGUCAUUCUCAAAGUACUAUCUGAGUCACCCGAUGAGUACAGCGACGCACCAACAGAAUGUAUCCGACAGAUCCUGGAAAUCGCAACAGGAACCACCAUCCCCCGCGGGACUCCACUAGAUCUGGAGUGUGUCGAAUCAAUUCGCAUGGGUACGACAGUUGCCACCAACGCACUUCUCGAGAGGAAGGGCGAGCGCGUGGCCUUCAUCACCACCAAGGGUUUCAAGGAAGCUCUCAAAAUUGGCAACCAGGCUCGCCCAGAUCUAUUCGAUCUCACAGUGAAACGUCUCGACAAACUAUAUGAAACUGUUGUCGAAGUCGAUGAGCGUGUGACCAUUGAGGGCUGGGGCGAAAACCCAGAACCAACGACUAUCGAUAUCAAUUCCGAUGUUGACCUGCGAGAAGGCAUCACCGGGGAGGCAGUGCGCAUUCUCAAAAGCCCAAAUCUUGAUGCGGUCCGCAUCGAUCUCAAGCGCCUCUGGGAUCAGGGAUUCCGCGAUGUUGCCGUUGCCCUCAUGCAUUCAUAUAUGUUCCCCGAUCACGAACUUGCCGUCGCCGAUCUCGCCAAGGGAAUGGGCUUCAACGUUGCUGUUUCCUCCAAACUUUCUUCGAUGGCAAAGCUCAUCCCUCGGAGUCAGUCAGCUGUUGCUGAUGCUUACCUUACUCCUGUCACAACACGUUAUCUCGAGAGCUUCAGAAAGGGCUUCAAGGGCUUGCUUGAGGACGAGAAUGGCAAGAAGCUGUUCCUCAACCAGUCAGACGGCGGUCUGACUAACUUCAAGAACUUUGCUGGCCUUCGAGGUGUCCUCAGUGGUCCCGCUGGCGGUGUCGUCGGUGUUUCCAGGACAUGCUAUGACCCCAGUGACGCAACACCAUUGCUCGGAUUUGAUAUGGGUGGUACCAGUACCGACGUGGCCCGAUACUCCGGCGAGCUCGAACAUGUCUUUGAGAGCACCCUCGCGGAAAUCUCUAUACAGACCCCCCAGCUCGAUAUCAACACCGUCGCUGCAGGUGGCGGUUCCAUUUUAUCUUGGGAGAAUGGUCUCUUCAAGGUCGGCCCGGAGAGCGCUGGUGCCAACCCUGGACCUGCCUGUUAUGGAAAGGGCGGACCUUUGACCGUGACUGAUGCCAACCUGUUCCUCGGUCGCAUUAUCAAGGAAUCAUUCCCCAAGCCUCUCGACACAGGCAUUGUCACGAAGAUGUUCCUAGAGGUAACGGCCACAAUCAACCUAGAGAAAGAUGGCAGCUCUCUCCUAACACCGGAGGAGGUGGCUUGUGGCUUCUUGUCCAUCGCAAAUGCAACUAUGACACGCCCAAUCCGGACGCUCAGUGAAGGACGUGGAUACGAGACCGCCAACCACAACUUGGCUUGCUUCGGUGGUGCUGGUGGUCAGCACGCAGUCUUCGUCGCCCGGGAUCUUGGUAUUUGUCGUGCCAUUAUCCCACGCUACUCCAGUAUUCUCUCUGCAUACGGUAUGGCGCUUGCCGACGUGACUGUCGAGAAUCAAGAGCCCGAGUCCCUAAUCUUUCACCCUGAUAUUUUGCCAAGGGUAGAGUCUCGCUUCAAGAAGCUUCGCGCACAGGGCGAGCAGGGCCUAGCUGCCCAAGGAUUCGACUUGUCGUCCGUUGAGCAUGAGAUGUACCUGAACAUGCGGUACCGUGGCAGUGACACCAUGUUGAUGAUCCGACAGCCAGAAGACCUUGCAGAGUUUGGCAACGCAUUCACCCGUCGCCACGAGCAAGAAUUUGGCUUCUCUCAGCCACGCGACAUUCUAGUCGAUGACGUCCGUGUUCGCAGUGUGGGCAAGGCUAAAGAUGUCCAGACUUCGAACCCAUUCGCCGAACUCAAGAAGCUCGAGCCAUCGUCCACACCUGAGUUCACCAAGCAGAGCAUCUCAAAGGUCUAUUUUGAGAACGAGGGAUGGUUGGAUAUUCCCGUCUACAACCUUACCAACCUUCCCGCCGGUGCUCGGGUGAGCGGCCCGGCCAUGAUUAUUGACAAGACCCAGACAAUCGUGGUCGAUAGCAACAGCAAGGCUGUCAAGCUCCCCGAGCAUAUCAUCCUUGAGAUUACUGAUAGUGAGCGCAAGGCCGCCAGCACUGACGCCAUAGACCCCAUUCUCCUGAGUGUCUUCAGCCACCGCCUCAUGAGUGUGGCCGAGCAGAUGGGCAACGCGAUGCAAAAGACCUCCAUCUCGGUCAAUAUCAAGGAGCGACUCGACUACUCUUGUGCCGUAUUCAGCGCCAGUGGAGGCCUUGUCGCCAACGCGCCUCACAUCCCUGGUCAUCUCGGAUCCAUGGCCUCGGCAAUCGCAUAUCAAGCCAACCGCUACAAGAAAGGAGAGCUUAAGCCUGGUGAUGUGAUCCUGAGCAACCACCCGAUCGCGGGUGGCACUCAUCUGCCAGAUAUCACCUGCAUUACGCCCGUGUUCGACAAUGACGAAAACCCGACAAAGAUUCUCUUCUAUGUCGGCAAUCGGGGUCAUCACGCUGACAUUGGUGGUAUCAUUCCCGGAUCUAUGCCUCCCAACUCCACUGAGCUAUGGCAGGAGGGAGCCUCGUUCGAGUCGUUCAAGAUGAUCAAAGAGGGUGUUUUCGAUGAAGAAGGUCUGAUUGAUAUCUUGUACCACGAGCCUGCCAAGUAUCCUGGCUGCAGUGGCACUCGUACCCUCAAGGACAAUAUCGCCGAUCUGAAGGCUGCUGUCGCAUCCAACCAGAGGGGUAUUCAACUCAUUCGCGCACUUGUCAAUGAGUACACUUGGCCUGUGGUUGAGUUCUAUAUGAACGCGAUUCAAGAAAACGCUGCCCAGUCAGUGCGGGAGCUGCUCAAGGUCUUCUCAGACCGCUUUGAGGGUGCUGACCUUGAGGCCAUCGACUAUACUGACGACGGUACUCCACUGGUACUGCGUAUCGCCAUUAAUUCUGAGACAGGAGAGGCAAUCUUUGAUUUCACAGGUACCGGACCUGAGCACCACGGAAACCUCAACUGCCCGCCCGCCUGCAUGUAUUCCGCCAUUCUCUACUGCCUCCGUUGCAUGAUUUCCUCCGAUAUCCCUCUCAACCAAGGCUGCCUGCAACCCAUCAACAUCGUCUGCCCGAAGGGCACUCUCCUGACCCCAUCCUUCACAGCGGCAACAGUCGGAUCAACAGGCGAGACAACCAACCGCGUCAUCGACCUAAUCUUCAAGGCCUUCCACACAGCCGCUGCAUCACAGGGAACGUGCAACAACCUGACUUUCGGCUACGGUGGCAAGGAUCCAGUGACUGGCGAGAUUGUCAAGGGCUUCGGCUACUACGAGACAAUUGCCGGAGGCGCAGGUGCCGGCGCCGACUGGGAAGGAGAGAGCGGCGUGCACACUGGUGUGACAAACACAAGAAUUGGCGACCCCGAGAUCUUCGAGCGACAAUAUCCCGUCAUUCUUCGCGAGUUCUCCAUUCGCAAGGGCAGUGGCGGAGCUGGUCUUCACCGCGGAGGUGAUGGCUGUGUUCGCGACAUUGAGUUCCGUAUUCCCGUUCAGGUCUCUAUUCUCUCAGAACGACGUGUCAAUGCACCCUACGGCCUUGCUGGUGGGUCUGAGGGUAUGCGCGGUGUCAAUAUCUGGGUCAGACAUGAUCCCAUCACUAAGGAGGUGCGACAUGUUGGUAUGAGCGGCAAGUCCUCUGCUGAUAUGCGUGCUGGUGAUCGUAUCAUUGUAAAUACCCCUGGUGGCGGUGGUUAUGGCAGAGAUCCCAAGGCCAGGGAGCCCAAGAAGCCCAGAGGGGAGUUCCGAGCGCAUGAGAAUUUCCUUAGAAACCCGGCUCUGUUCAGGGCUUCGGGAAGUGUGGCGAAUAGGCAGGCUAUGGCCGCAUCCAACUAG